AUGACAUGUUUUACUCUACUUCACGACAGUUGGACCGGCUUCACCGCUCUGGAGAGACGCAAUAUAGCUCUCUACAUCGCUGGGAUCAUGCUUUACAAAUUCGGCCUGGAAGCCUUCAACGGGUCCAUUGUAGCUCUCGCCACCAAUAGAUAUGACUAUGAUGCCUUCAUUUCAAAUUCGACAUCCAAAACUUUCGAGCGAGUCGGCCUCCUCACAGGGCUUAACCAGGCAUUUCAGUGUAUAGGCGCCAUCCUCAUUGCACCGCUCGUCCGAAGGGCACCCACGAAGCUAGUCCUGUCAACCUCAGUUUUUGCCUUUGGCCUUUUCGCCGCCAUGCCCCUCAUCGUGGAUGCCAGCACCGGUGGGUCAUUCGUACCCAAAAAAUUCCGCACCAAACACCCUCGAAAUGACUUUCAUUACUAUGGAAAUUACAAUACGGAUGGGUUAAUCCCCAUCUACUCUGUCACAGGUAUCGUUUACGGGAUGGUGGAGCUUAUUCGUCGUGUCAUCCCUAGAGAUCUUGUGGGCGGAAACGUCCAGAAGCUUCGCCGUGUUGAUGCUCUUGUUCACAUCUUCUAUGAGGUUGCCGGCACCGCUGGCGCGUUCUGCACUGCUCUCGCCCUCAUUCCGAAUCUGGGAAAUAACUAUUCCUUCAUUAUUACCCCAGUUUGUUUUGCCAUGGCGGCUGGCACAUGGUCCUGCAUAACUAAUCUGGACUUCCAGCUUGAGGCGCAGGAUGUUCUAGCAGAACAACCCGCCUACAUCAAAGCCAUAUUUGGAUCCUUUUUGCUGUUUCUGGAAUCCUUCUGGACUGGCGGAAAGCUUAUGUUUACUAAUCGCCGAUUCAUCUGGCUGCUGCCCGGAUACGCCAUCGCCCUCUACGGUCACAGAUAUCUAGAAAACGGAUUAGCUCCUGCGAUUGCCCGUCGGUACCUGGGAAAUUCAGCCUGGUCGCAAGUGAUUGUUGGGGGCUCGAAUCUGGGCGAACUGCUAGGCGCAUCAUUCGUAUUUUUUUUUACAAACCUCGUCACCACGCCCAUUCCAUGGAUCCGGCUGGAUUCCGUGAUGCUCUUGGCCGUAUGGUACUUACCCUUCUGGUACCCUCCGCAGGGCCAGGUUGCCUAUGCCUGGAUAGUAGCUGCCACCUUCCUCCCAAUUUCCUUCGGCUGGGCGGCCGGAGAUGUCUCUCUCGUCGCAUACAUCCAGGCGACACUUGCACGCGUCGAGUCAAAGACCAAGAAUGUCUCCGCAUUGGGCGCUGUAAUGGCUUUUCUCUAUUCGACAUACAUCGUCAUCUACGCCAUCACCUCGCCUAUGUUGGGUCGGUAUAUAGACAUAGUCUUCAAUGAAUCGGGUGGAGCCGAGCACGAUGGCGACAUCCACCCUGCUAUUAUGAACAUAGGAGCCAUUCAGUUUACCAUCUUGUCCAUUAUGAUCUUGGCAGCAACGUUCGUACCGCAGGGGGCCUUUGCGUUCAAUCCACAGAUCCUCUUCAAGCAACGGCUGGACACAGAAAUUGCCAAGCCUAACAGGCUGGAUGACGAGGUCAAAAUGACGAGUUGGCGUAGCGAUGGGGAGUCUGCAGAGAACCACCACACAAGUCACAAUGGGUGUUCACAUGAAAAGUUCUUAUUCCAAUCGCCAACACAGUAG